AUGAACGAGGAGGACAGGAAACAUGCGGGGCGCAAAUCAGCACCAAGCUGCUGCAGCUGACCGACGAUGAUAUAAACAUGUGACCGUCCGCUGUGCUGCCUCUCAGUUACAGCUAUCCACCUGCCGGGAUUACACACAGCGAGCCGAGGUUCUCUCCUCAUCUCUGGGACGGCGAGGAGCUGCUGCUGCUGCCGGGGAGAGGAGGAUGGACACCACGGAGCAAAGUGCUCAGAUAGAGCCGCUGCUGCAUACGAUCGACCCUCCCUUUGGAUCAUCGGGGCAUGGAAGUUUGAGGAAUGAUGACGAGGCUGUGGUGGACAGAGGAGGAACACGAUCCCAACAAGGAACCAACUUUGAACAGGAGGAUCUUGAAGGCCACAGGACUCUCUACAUAGGGGUCCACGUUCCCUUGGGCAGUACCAGGCACCGAAGCCAUCGCAGGCAUCGUCACCAUGGAAACAAACUCAAGAAGAGAAGCAGGGACCGGACCCUCACCUUGGUGGAGGGUAGAGAGUCUCCUGUUUAUGACACUCCUUCACAGAGAGUUCAGUUCCUGCUGGGCACCGAGGAUGACGACGAGGAGCAUAUUCCUCAUGACCUCUUCACAGAGAUGGAUGAAAUCUGUGCAAGGGACGGAGAGGACUCGGAGUGGAGGGAAAGUGCCCGGUGGCUAAAAUUUGAGGAGGAUGUUGAGGACGGGGGAGAACGAUGGAGUAAACCCUACGUAGCCACUCUGUCUCUACACAGCCUGUUUGAGCUACGAAGCUGCAUUAUCAACAGCACUGUGCUGCUCGACAUGCGGGCCAGUUGUAUCGAAGAGGUUGCAGACAUGGUCUUGGACCACCAGGAGUUGUACUCACCCCUGGGAGAUGAGCUCAGGAAAAAAGUGCGUGAAACAUUACUGAAGCGGCACCAUCACCAGAACCAGAAGAAGCUGGCCAAUCGUCUUCCGAUAGUACGCUCCAUCGCUGACAUGGGCCGAAGGUCAUCAGACGUCCACCUGGACAAGAACGGUCAGAUGAUGGCCUCCCAGUCUCACUUAGAUGUGAAAGGAGACAUGAGUCGAGACAACAGUUCAGUGGACUUCAGCAAGAUAGACCUGCAUUUCAUGAAGAAGAUCCCUCCAGGAGCCGAGGCGUGUAACGUGUUAGUGGGAGAGCUGGAAUUCCUGAACAAGCCAGUAGUGGCGUUUGUCCGUCUCUCACCUGCAGUGCUCCUCAGUGGGCUGUCUGAAGUUCCCAUUACCACAAGGUUUCUGUUCAUUCUUUUAGGGCCGUUGGGUAGAGGGCCACAGUAUCAUGAGAUUGGAAGAUCUAUUGCAACCCUAAUGACGGAUGAGGUUUUCCAUGACGUGGCCUAUAAAGCUAAGGACCGCAAUGAUCUGAUAGCUGGAAUUGAUGAAUUCCUUGAUCAAGUGACAGUCCUGCCUCCAGGAGAGUGGGACCCAUCCAUACGGAUAGAGCCACCAAAAAAUGUGCCCUCACAGGAGAAGAGGAAGAAAAGUAACAUCUUACCUAACGGAUUGGUAGAAGGUGAAGAGGAAGAACAUGGCGGCCAUGGUGGUCCAGAACUGCAGCGAACUGGAAGGUGGUUUGGGGGCCUCCUUCUGGAUAUCAAGCGCAAAGCACCCCACUACUUGUCCGACUACACUGAUGCAUUUAGUCUACAGUGUGUGGCCUCUUUUCUGUUCCUCUACUGUGCCUGUAUGUCCCCCGUCAUCACCUUUGGAGGACUACUGGGCGAGGCAACAGAAGGACGCAUAAGUGCAAUUGAGUCGCUGUUUGGAGCCUCGCUGACUGGAAUCGCCUAUUCUCUGUUUGCCGGACAGCCCCUCACUAUUCUGGGCAGCACAGGGCCGGUGCUCGUAUUUGAAAAGAUAUUGUUCAAAUUCUGCAAGGAGUACGGCUUGUCCUAUCUGUCACUGAGAACCUGCAUUGGUCUGUGGACAGCACUCCUCUGUAUCCUGCUGGUGGCGACCGACGCAAGUUCCCUUGUUUGCUACAUCACGCGAUUCACAGAGGAAGCCUUCGCCUCACUCAUAUGCAUCAUCUUCAUCUAUGAGGCCUUGGAGAAACUGAUCCACCUGGGAGAGCACUAUCCUUUUAACAAGAACAACAACCUGGACAAACUCACAACAUACUCAUGUUCAUGUGUCGAGCCCUCUGACCCCACCAACGACACCCUGAGGUAUUGGGAAGUCACCAACGUCACUGCAUCAGAAAUCUACUGGGAAGCACUAGAAGUCAAGGACUGCAUUGAAAAGCGAGGGGAGUUUGUAGGCAGUGCCUGCGGCCCACGUGGACCAUACAUUCCGGAUGUCCUCUUCUGGUGUGUCGUUCUUUUCUUUUCCACUGUCUUCAUGUCCUCUUUUCUCAAGGAGUUCAAGUUCAGCAACUACUUUCCCACGAAGGUGAGGUCCAUCAUCAGUGACUUUGCUGUUUUCAUCACCAUUCUCACCAUGGUCUUAAUCGACUAUGCCUUAGGGGUCCCGUCUCCAAAACUCCAGGUUCCUAGUGUGUUUAAGCCAACCAGAGAUGAUCGAGGUUGGUUCAUCAACCCAGUUGGGCCCAACCCCUGGUGGACGACAAUUGUUACUGUUGUCCCAGCUCUACUUUGCACCAUCCUCAUCUUCAUGGACCAGCAGAUCACAGCUGUCAUCAUCAACAGGAAGGAACACAAACUUAAGAAAGGUUGUGGGUACCACCUGGAUCUGUUCAUGGUGGGGCUGAUGCUCGGGGUGUGUUCCCUGAUGGGUUUGCCCUGGUUCGUAGCAGCCACCGUCCUGUCCAUCUCCCAUGUCAACAGCCUGAAGCUUGAAUCAGAGUGUUCAGCUCCUGGGGAGCAGCCAAAGUUCCUUGGAAUUAGAGAGCAACGCUUCACUGGGCUUAUGAUCUUCACUCUGAUGGGCUGCUCUGUCUUCAUGACAUCUGUGCUGAAGUUUAUUCCUAUGCCAGUGUUGUAUGGAGUUUUCCUUUACAUGGGAGCAUCUUCUCUGAGAGGCAUUCAGUUCUUUGACCGUCUGACGCUGUUUGGGAUGCCAGCUAAGCACCAGCCAGACUUUAUCUAUCUGCGUCAUGUUCCUCUGAGGAAGGUGCACCUUUUCACCAUCAUUCAGCUCAGCUGUUUGAUCCUGCUCUGGGUCAUCAAGACAUCCAGAGCUGCUAUUGUAUUCCCUAUGAUGGUGUUGGCUCUGGUGUUUAUCAGGAAGCUGAUGGACUGUUUCUUCACCAAGAGAGAGUUAAGCUGGCUGGACGACCUCAUGCCAGAGAGCAAGAAGAAAAAGCUUGAGGAUGCUGAAGAGGAAGAGGAACAGAGUAUACUAGCUGAGGACGAAGCAGUUGUGCAAGUGCCAUUAGAAGGGUACAAAGGAAUACCCGUCAUCAACAUCACUGAUGAAAUGUCCAAAGGUUCGUUUGGAAAUACAUGGAAUGCCAACAGCUGAGACAUCUGAGAAGAAAAGGAGAUCUCAAAACUUUAUGCUCACAACCAAGGUGUGCAAGAUGAAAAAUGCCGAAGGAAGAGUACUGAGGACAGUGUUGUCUGUCUUGUCACUGUCCCUUCUGUGUGGUCAUAAACAAUUGUUUAUAGUGUGCUGCAAUUUACCAAUCCUUCAGCUUCAUUAUUGUAAACUUCUUUGGGUUAGUGAAUAACUGUAUUAUCAGAUGUGUCAUAAUAUUCUGUCUUUUUCUGAAUCGAUGAUCCCACCCAAUGUAAGGUUGCCCCUGCUGACAUGCUGUUUUCAAGUUUUUGUUUUCAGAUUUCUUUAUAUUUAUUUUGUUAUAUUCUUUGUAUUCUGAAAUACCUGAACACCAUGACCCUGGAUUUGUACCUAUUUAUUCAUAGCUUCCUCUUUAUUCUUUAAUUUAUGUAUAGACAUUAAUGUGAAAUGCAUUUUGACGAUUAAGUAUUAAGAAAAGCCUAAGAUCACUUUUUGCAGUACAUAAAGCCAUAUAUCCACAUAUCAUAAUUCAAACAAUAUAAAAAGUCUGUAAAAACACGAUUUUGUGAUAUUUAUUUAUGAGAUGGGACCACUUUGAUCCCGAAUAAUGAAUGUGACUGAUGGUAAAGGGGCUUUAAAACUGACAAAUGGCAAUAUAUUUAUGAACAAAAUGCACUUUUAGCCAAUGUGUUAAUACUCUCUGUAUAAGAAAGCUAUUUAUUUUAAGAAAUGACAAUAUAUGUUACAGAAUACAGAAACUAAGAAUGUUGUCUCCAGAUGUCAGAGUGUUUCUCAUACUAUAAAAUGGACUUGUAAAGAAUGCCAGUAGUUGUUUAGAUGUUUACGUUUUGUGAAUUAUAAAUUAGUAAGCUUAAUCAUGGGGGCAUGUUACCCAUAAUGCCAUUUGCAGUGUCGUUCUAAAAAGCCUGAGUGUGUUUAUUUCUAAAGAACAAAUUUUACCAUGCAUAUCUUGUCCAUGUUCAUUUUACGUAUUA